AUGACUCCACAGCGACAGAAUGGUUCAGGUUCUGACAAAUUUGAUGCGUGCAAUAGAAUGAGGCUGCUAAUAUCUGACGACGAUGACUUUGAUGAGAACAAGAGAAAGAGGAUGCAGUCUAACAGGGAGGCUGCUAGGAGAUCACGAAUGAAAAAGCAGCAGCAUGUCCAUGAAUUAAUCACGGAAAUAGGCCAGUUGCAGAACCAGUGCAAGGUUAUUAUGAGUAAGAUUAAUCAAGUUACGAAUAUGUUUCUUGGUGUUGUGUCUGAAAACAAUGCUUCGCGAGCACAACUCUCGGAUAUGACAAAAAGGUUUCACUUGCUCAAAUCAGUUGUGCAGUUUGUGGAGGAGGCGGAAGAUCUUGGUAUAGAUGUUUCUGAUGUGUUGAUGGAAUCUCCCAAGUUUCCUUGUCCAAAACAGCAAGUCCCAACUUCUGCUAACAUGUUCGACUGCUGA